CUGUUGUUGGUUAUGCCUCUAUUAAUUUAUUUUUUUUUCUGUACAUUCCUUUCAAAGCCUUAGAUGCCACUUCUAUAACAUCAAUAGUGAAAACAUAAAGUCAAGCUAUAGCCCCCAAUUAUGGCCAAUGAUACUACUGUAGCGCCACUUCUAACAUCAAGAGAGAACAAUCACGAAAAUGAUGAGCUCCAAAGCCCAAAAUUCAGACCAUUUUCACAUGGUUCGUCGUCUAAUAAUUCAGAUGAUAUCAAAGAAAUCGACGGAGUUAAAGACUUAGUUCGAGAAUUUUCCGCAGAAUCGAAGAAACUAUGGAACCUUGCUGCUCCAGCCAUUUUCACUUCCCUUUGCCAAUACUCAAUUGGUGCCAUAACUCAAGUAUUUGCUGGUCAUGUUGGUACCAUUCAACUAGCUGCUAUCUCUAUUGAAAACUCUGUCAUCGCUGGUUUUUCUUUUGGCGUAAUGUUGGGAAUGGGAAGUGCACUGGAGACAUUAUGCGGACAAGCAUAUGGAGCAAAGCAAUUAGAAAUGCUCGGAACUUAUAUGCAACGAUCUUGGAUAAUCCUCACCUCUACCGCUUUAAUUCUACUGUUCCCUUAUAUUUUUGCCACGCAACUACUCAGAUUCAUCGGUCAGACUUCCAAUAUAUCAAAGUGGGCAGGUACAUUUGCCAUAUGGAUGAUUCCACAAUUAUUUGCGUAUGCACUAAACUUUCCGAUUCAAAAAUUCUUGCAAGCUCAGAGCAAGAUUAUGGUGACAGCUGUUAUAGCGGGGUUUGCUCUUGCCGGACACACUUUGUUUAGUUGGCUUUUGAUGCUCAAGUUAAGGUGGGGACUUGUGGGUGCGGCGGUGGUGCUGAACAGUUCAUGGUGGUUCUUAGUGGUGGCUAAGUUGGUGUAUAUAUUUAAUGGGGCUUGUGGAGAAGCUUGGUCUGGAUUUUCUAUGAAGGCUUUUCAAAAUCUUUGGGAAUUUGUUAAACUAUCUUUUGCAUCUGCUGUAAUGCUCUGCUUAGAGAUAUGGUACUUCAUGGCAUUAAUUCUUUUUGCUGGAUACCUCAAGAAUGCUGAAGUGGCCGUGGAUGCAAUUUCUAUUUGCAUGAAUAUCCAAGGGUGGACAGUUAUGGUAGCCAUUGGAUUCAAUGCCGCAAUAAGCGUAAGGGUGUCAAAUGAACUCGGUGCAGGGCAUCCAAGAAGCGCAAAAUUCUCAGUAAUGGUAGCUUCCAUCACAUCUUUAUUAUCCGGCAUCUUUCUCUCGACGAUUCUACUUGUUUGUCGGAGUUGGUAUCCUCCAUUCUUUUCAAACAAUGAACAAGUACAACAACUUGUCUAUCACCUCACUCCUAUCUUAGCAACCACCAUUGUUAUUGGAUGUCUUCAACCUACUCUUUCUGGGGUGGCCAUUGGAGCAGGGUGGCAAGCUUAUGUUGCAUAUGUGAACAUAAUUUGUUACUAUUUGUUUGGUAUUCCAAUAGGUCUCAUACUUGGCUUCUUCUUUGACAUUGGCGUUAUGGGUAUUUGGUUUGGGAUGCUUGCAGGUACAACUGUUCAAACUGGUGUGUUAAUCAUAUUGAUCCUUCGAACUAAUUGGAACAAGGAGGCUUCCCUUGUUGGACAUAGGAUAAAACAAUGGGGAGGAGAUUCAAGGGCCAAAGAAAUUGAUGAACGAUAGAAGAAUAAUGUUUUGUUCGUUUCAGUCAUGACUACUUCGUUUACUAAAAAGAAACUAAGAAUAAGCUUUUCAUCAUGAAAAUUAAAUCAAGCCAAGGAACCACAAGGUUUCUUAUGACAUUUUAUGUGUAUAAGUUGGAAUUAUAUUGGAAGCAAAAUCUGUAGUUGCAACAACUAAACUUCCAAUCCAACUUGAUUUGUUAGGAUGCCUAAUUUGGAGAUCUUUUUAUGUUUUAAUUUCUUUUUAUCAUGCAUUCUAAUUAGGAAAAAUUUAGACUUAAAUAUUGUCUUUAUAAUUGA